UUUACGCUCUUGAGUCACUCCAGCGCUGCCGACUGUCGGGAUGUGACCCCGGAACAGGACGCCUCCUCAUACACAACACAGCUCCCAAAUACAACAAAAACGACAGAAUCCUGGACCAGGAGAGCAGUGCAUCAGGAGCAGGGGGGAUGAACCGAGAGGAAGCCCCUGGCAAGUCUCCUGAGGAGAUGUACAUCCAGCAGAAGGUGCGGGUGCUGCUCAUGCUCAAGAAAAUGGGAUCAAAUCUGACACCAAACGAGGAAGCGUUUCUGCGGAAUUAUGCAGGCGUGGUGCACAGCCAGAUGAGUCAGUUGCCACAGCACCCUAUUGACCAGGGAGCUGAGGAUGUGGUGAUGGCCUUUUCAAGAUCAGAGACCGAGGACAGGAGACAGUGACCUCGCGCCAUGUCGAGUCACUUCAGCUGAACACACAACACAGCUGACUGAUGGAGAGGGCGGAGCCUGAGACGAGAGAGGGGCGGGGCUCUGCUGCAUGCCAGUUGCCCCACUUCCCUUCUCUUCCCCAUUCCCCUCUUCUUCCUCACACUAACUGUUACACUAUCGGGCCCUGCGGCCACACUACCUGAUGACUUCUAGCAAAUGAGUCUGAAAGAGUCCUGGCGGGUAAAAAUUCGAUUUGGGUUUUUAAGUUUCAUUUUUGCAUCAUCCUUCCAUAAAUGGCGUUUUAUAUUUGUUCCCAUGAGAGACUUCAUGGACCAAGAGCUUCAUUUGUCUGGUCAAACUACGAAAGAAUAUAAAUCGCCUUAUGGGUUAUGUUAUUACAGACGAUUUUCUUUUUGUGUGUAUGUAGUUUCUUGUUUUAAUUGUCCACAGGAUCCUGCAGGUAGACUAUUUUUUGUUUGUUUACUUUAUUGUUUUCAGGGUUUUUGAUUGUUUAGUAGUCAUUCGCGUCGUAAUUUCAUCAAAAUAACAUUAAUGUUGUUGUGGAGGAUACCGAAUUGUCAAAACGGAUGAGGUCUGUACACAAGCACACACUCACAGAACGAUGUACACAAAUGACCUGAUGUUUCAUGAUCUCUUUUUUCGAUGUUUGGAUUCAUGUGAAAUUUCAAUGCUUUUUU